GUAGGCAUUUCCAACUCUCAGUUGCUCUUUACUGUAUUUGACAUGGUACAACCAAACCAAAGGAUUUACUCUGCGUAUUUUAUUACUCCUCCUGUCUAUGAGAAAUGGAAACAACCUUUAAAAUCGCUCGAAAGUCGUUUAAAAACAGAGAUCAACUUUAAUUUUCAUGAUCAGUGCUUUGAGAUCACAGGAAGAUCGCAGCAAGCUUGUGAUGAAACGAUGCUAAAGAUUGUCAAAAGAAUGUUACCCGAAUUGCACACUGAAAUUGAUGAAAAUAUGAUGACGGGAACUUAUGAAGACUUGGAAAUUAUUGCCAGAACACCUUUACCUAGUCAGCAAAGAGCGACACAGUCCACUACAACCAACAGUCCUGUAGUGGGUAGACCACCUGAACUAGAUAAAGUAAAGGAAAAGAAGAAGAGACAAUCAUCGGAACCCUAUUACUAUAACGAGACAGAAAGUGAAGACUCUGAUUAUCAUGAGGAUGAAUAUGAAGAAACAUUUACGUUUGCAAAAAAUGUACAUAAUCCUAUGGAGAUCUUGACAGUUCCGUCUGUGGGGGGCAGCAAGCCAAUUGAUUAUUUAACAGUUAUCGGACAAGAAACAGACACUGAAUGCAGCUAUGAAAAUAGACAAGUGAAAAUUAUAGGAUCAGACGAGGAUUGUGUCAAGGAAGCCCUUCAGCGAUUUAAAAAUCUACAAACAAUCUACAAGCGAAGAAAGCGACCUACAACGACUGUUGCCUGUGUACAUUUGCCUCAGGACGCAGAAUUCGCCAUCUAUUUCUGCCCUAUUGAUAGAUAUGCGCGCAAGGAUUACGUCAAUAUUUUAACGUACAAGCAUGCACCUUACUUUGUCUUGCUUCCUGUAUUCAAGGAUAAAACCGGAGUAUUCGGAAAGCCAAAGGAUCGUAUAGAUAUACCCAACCUAUCUCAUGCUACAUGGAUACCAGCACAAGAAAAGCGGGCACCUACCCCUCAGCACUUUCAGCAAACAGAACUGUCGUUGGAUGAACGUAUGAAAAUGGUGUCUUUUAAAAAUAAGUUUAACGCUCCUCAGGCUGGAACAGCUCCUGAUCAGCGACCUUUGUGGGGUGAAAAGCAAUUUGUUCAUAUUCCAAGCGCCCAAACACCUCCUCUUCAACGCAACACGCCUCCUCCACAAACACAUCCUCCAGCUCGGAAAACACCUGAAGAAGAUUUUCCAGCUCUACCAUCCGCACCUCGUAAGGUACCACCUCCAAAGACUUCCAACAGAAGGGUAAUGCGCGUAGUCUCUCAAAAAUCAGGCUGUGAUUCUGUGAAAGGAUUAAGUCAGCUUGAAAUGCUUCGACAGUACAAUCUCCAUAACAUGAUGACUAAUUUGGGUCAAGGGUUAGAAAAUGUUCACGGCUACAAGGGCAAUAUCAAGCUUAGUGCUUACUUGGGAAAGAUCUUGUGGACUUCAUUGAAUCAAGAACAGCAGAAGAAGAUUUGGAAGUAUCAGCAACUUAAUGAUAUUCUUAUGAAAGAAGGAGGGGUCAAGCCUAUGUUUAAUGGACUUGUUACAGAAGAUGUAGGCACCAUUGCAAAGUUCAGAGAACUCUUCCCUUCUCCUAAUGGAAAGCAUGCUUAUUUUGAAAUCCAUGCUAAUGCACGUAAUCAACCUGUGCUCCCAUAUAAGCCAGUGGUCCUCUAUAUGAACCAACAUGCGGUCAACUUUACAAAGAUUGUCACAGGCACACACAGAGUUGCAGAAAUUGAUUGGGUCUCUCUUGACAGAAAGUAUGAUUUCCAAAUGGUCUUGCAAACUGAAGAUUUGACAAGAAUGGAUGUUAAGCCUUAUUCGACCUUCCUCAAGAAAAUCUCCAUCAGUCCUCACUGCAGGCAAAUCACCUAUGAGAAUGUACCCGAUUUCUUGGAAGUCACUGAUAUAUAUUUGAAAGAUACGACAAGACAUCGAUUGCACUUUCCAUUUGUUGUAGAAAUAACACGUGUAGAAAAACUUCCCUUGAUCCCUCAGAGAUCCUUAGGCUACAAUAUUAACAAAAUAUUGGGAGAUACUGGUCGUGGAAAGGUUUGGUAUACAAUAGAAAUUUUUUAUUCUGCACAUGAUCAAUUAUUCAAAUCAAAUCUGGAUCUACCUGUUGGCAAGUUUGCUUCUUGGACAGUAGAAGAUGUACUUGGAAGACAAGAUGAUCUCACCGGACCACUUGUUGAAUUUGUACGUUGUUUACUCUUGAUCAUUGAAAGAGCAGAAACUGUCGUUUCAAAAGAAAACGGAGAUAACUAACACAACAUUUACUAAACCUGGCAUUUCCCCCUUCUCCAUUAUGCAUAAAAGGAUAAUGAAAAAGUAAUUAUUAUUAGUAGUCUUUUCUAAAAUGAUACUUUAACUCAUUCAGUAACAAGUGUAAACACGCACAUAAAUGAGCUCCUUAUUACUAGUCUAAUUUAAAUAUGUGUAUAAAUAAAUACUCUUAAACUGCUUUCCC